AUGAACAUAUUGGUGAUAUUUUUGGCAGGUUUGCUGGCCAUACAGGCAGCAACAGUGCCUUUAAACGUCACUCACACCGUCAGUACCCAGGUGUUGGCUGGCAAGCAGGAUAAUGUGGAAGUGCCAGCAGUUGUGGUGGAGGUCACCAAGGAUAACAAAGUUGUUGGUCAGGCAGUUCCAACUCCAGUGCCAAAUGUUGUAGAUGUGGUGAUGCCAACAAAACUGCCCUUACCGGUCACCACAAAACCAACGGCCAAGGUUACUGUCAAGCCAGGACUAUCCAUUAUCCCACCAACCUUACCAACAGUGGUUGUAGAUCAUGUGGUCAAGCAAAGAUCUGUCGAUGAUGACAACCAUUGGGCUGGUGUUCAUUGGGGCGACGAUGAUGACUGGGAUAACAAAAAUGAUAAUGGAAAGGAUGCAGGACAAAAUGUCAAUUGGAAUCACAAAGGCGAUAAUCAUGAUAUGCAUAAGAGAUCCAGCGAUUGGAAUGAUCAUGGCAACUGGGGUCACAAGGAUUCGUGGCAUAGCAACAAUUGGAACAACCAUGGUCACCAAUGGGGUAACAAGGAUGAUGAUAGCUGGAAUAACAAGGACGAUGAUCACCAUUGGCAUAAGAGGUCCGUAGGAGAUGAUGAUAAGGAUUCUGGACAUGAUGAUGGCCACAAGGACUCAGGUGACCAUGGCGACUCCGGAGACAAGGAUAACCAUGGAGAUGAUCAUGACAUGAAGAAGAGGUCUGCCGAUUGGGAUCACAUGGGUUCGUCGCACAACAACAAUUGGAACAACCAUGGCGAUGGCCACCAAUGGGGUAAUAAGGAUGAUGAUGGCUGGAAUAACAAGGACGAUGAUCACCAUUGGCAUAAGAGGUCCGUAGGAGAUGAUGAUAAGGAUUCAGGACAUGAUGAUGGUCAUGGUGGCGAUUGUGAUGGCCACAAGGACUCAGGUGACCAUGGCGACUCCGGAGACAAGGAUAACCAUGGAGAUGAUCAUGACAUGAAGAAGAGAUCAGCCGAUUGGGACAACAACUGGGGUCACAAGGAUACAUGGCAUAGCAAUAACUGGAAUCAGAAGGAUGAUGGCCACCAAUGGGGUAACAAGGAUAAUGAUGGCUGGAAUAACAAGGACAAUGAUCACCAUUGGCAUACGCGGUCCGUAGGAGAUGAUGAUAAGGAUUCAGGACAUGAUGAUGGCCACAAGGACUCAGGUGACCAUGGCGACUCUGGAGACAAGGAUAACCAUGGAGAUGAUCACGACAUGAAGAAGAGAUCAGCCGAUUGGGAUGAUCAUGGCAACUGGGGUCACAAGGACUCGUGGAAUAGUAACGAUUGGAACCACCAUGAUGAUGGCCACCAAUGGGGUAACAAGGAUAAUGAUGGCUGGAAUAGCAAGGACGAUGAUCACCAUUGGCAUAAGCGGUCCGUAGGAGAUGAUGACAAGGAUUCAGGACAUGAUGAUGGUCAUGGCAAUGAUGAUGGCCACAAGGACUCUGGUGACCAUGGGGACACUGGAGACAAGGAUAACCAUGGAGAUGAUCAUGACAUGAAGAAGAGAUCAGCCGAUUGGGACAGCAAGUGGGGUCACAAGGAUACAUGGCAUAGCAAUAAUUGGAACACCCAUGAUGAUGGGCACCAAUGGGGUAACAAGGAUAAUGAUGGCUGGAAUAGCAAGGACGAUGAUCACCAUUGGCAUAAGAGGUCCGUAGGAGAUGAUGAUAAGGAUUCAGGACAUGACGAUAGUCAUGGCAAUGAUGAUGGCCAUAAGGACUCAGGUGACAAUGGUGACUCCGGGGACAAGGAUAACCAUGGACAUGAUCAUGACAUGAAGAAGAGGUCUGCCGAUUGGGAUGACCAUGGCAACUGGGGUCACAAGGACACGUGGCAUAGCAACAGUUGGAACAACCAUGAUGAUGGCCACCAAUGGGGUAACAAGGAUAAUGAUGGCUGGAAUAACAAGGACGAUGAUCAUCAUUGGCAUAAGCGGUCCGUUGGAGAUGAUGAUAAGGAUUCAGGACAUGAUGAUGGUCAUGGCAAUGAUGAUGGCCACAAGAACUCAGGUGACCAUGGCGACUCCGGUGACAAGGAUAACAAUGGAGAUGAUCAUGACAUGAAGAAGAGAUCAGCCGAUUGGGACAGCAACUGGGGUCACAAGGAUACAUGGCAUAGCAAUAACUGGAACAACCAUGAUGAUGGCCACCAAUGGGGUAACAAGGAUAACGAUGGCUGGAAUAACAAAGGCGAUGAUCACCAUUGGCAUAAGAGAUCCGUAGGUGAUGAUGACAAGGAUACAGGACAUGACGAUAGUCAUGGUAAUGAUGAUGGCCACAAGGACUCAGGUGACCAUGGCGACUCCGGUGACAAGGAUAAUCAUGGAGAUGAUCAUGACAUGAAGAAGAGAUCUGCUGAUUGGGAUGAUCAUGGCAACUGGGGUCACAAGGACUCGUGGAAUAGUAACGAUUGGAACCACCAUGAUGAUGGCCACCAAUGGGGUAACAAGGAUAAUGAUGGCUGGAAUAGCAAGGACGAUGAUCACCAUUGGCAUAAGCGGUCCGUAGGAGAUGAUGACAAGGAUUCAGGACAUGAUGAUGGUCAUGGCAAUGAUGAUGGCCACAAGGACUCAGGUGACCAUGGCGACUCUGGAGAUAAGGAUAACCAUGGAGAUGAUCAUGACAUGAAGAAGAGAUCAGCCGAUUGGGACAACAACUGGGGUCACAAGGACACGUGGCAUAGCAACAAUUGGAACAACCAUGAUGAUGGCCACCAAUGGGGUAACAAGGACAACGAUGGCUGGAAUAACAAGGACGCUGAUCACCAUUGGCAUAAGCGGUCCUUAGGAGAUGAUGAUAAGGAUUCCGGACAUGAUGAUGGUCAUGGCAAUCAUGAUGGCCACAAGGACUCAGGUGACCAUGGCGACUCCGGUGACAAGGAUAACCAUGGAGAUGAUCAUGACAUGAAGAAGAGGUCUGCCGAUUGGGAUGACCAUGGCAACUGGGGUCACAAGGACACGUGGCAUAGCAACAGUUGGAACAACCAUGAUGGUGGCCACCAAUGGGGUAACAAGGAUAAUGAUGGCUGGAGUAACAAGGACGAUGAUCACCAUUGGCAUAAGCGGUCGGUAGGAGAUGAUGAUAAGGAUUCAGGACAUGAUGAUGGUCAUGGCAAUGAUGAUGGCCACAAGGACUCAGGUGACCAUGGCGACUCCGGUGACAAGGAUAACCAUGGAGAUGAUCAUGACAUGAAGAAGAGGUCUGCCGAUUGGGAUGAUCAUAGCACCUGGGGUCACAAGGAUUCGUGGAACAACCAUGAUGAUGGCCACCAAUGGGGUAACAAGGAUAACGAUGGCUGGAAUAACAAGGACGAUGAUCACCAUUGGCAUAAGCGGUCCGUAGAAGAUGAUAAUAAGGAUUCAGGACAUGAUGAUGGUCAUGGCAAUGAUGAUGGCCACAAGGACUCAGGUGAUCAUGGCGACUCCGGAGACAAGAAGGACCAUGGUGAUGAUGAUCACAACAUGGAAAAGCGCUCCCCCGGUGAGGGCUGGGAAAUACAUGACAAUUACGUCGAACAUGACUACGGUUGGCAUCCGGAUUUUUAUCAUGUAGGUAAUUUUCCAGAUUCUUCGUCAUCGGAGGAAGAUACAUCUGAGGAAUCAUUCGAAGAAAACUCCUCAGAGGAAUUCUUUGCCAAGGAAACAGUUAUUUCCGAAGUCCUAAGUCAUCCACAUAUAAAAGAUGAGGUAACCGUACCGCAUAUUACAACCCUACCACCACCCAUUACCACAGACACCCGGAAGUCCAACAAAAAUAUGACCACUGCCGAUAAACGUUUGAAAAGGCAAGUUGUGACUAAUACACCUGUGAUAUUGACAUCAGCAAUGAAUUCAAUGACCACUGGAGUUCCCUCCACCACUGCAAUGGCCCUGGAAGCCAAGGUGACCACAGCAAAAACGCCAGUAAGCACCACGACCACCACCACCACCACAACCACCACGGGUAAGGCCGUCCAUCCACUGCUCCGUUCCAAAAUAGAUCCCUGCGAUUUGUUGUGCACCAAAUUUGAGCUGGAACCCAUUUGUGCCACCAACGGCAUUUGCAUCCAUGAAUUCCCCAAUCAAUGCAUCAUGGACGGCUAUAACUGCAAACAUCCCAAGGAGAAAUUCACCGCCACCAAAGAUGAUCGCUGUCUAAUGCAUUGGUUGGAACACUGCAAGGAUAGUGAUUUGAUUUGAGAUGGAGAGAGGAUGAAUGAGAGAAGAGAGGAUUUUUGAGUUAAUCGUUGAGUUUUUUUAUUCUUGUUGUAUUCGGAUUAAGA